AAGAAAACAACUCAGGUUUGCAGCAGUGGCAACGGAAGAGGAGCUUCGUGACCGCCUGCAAGGCAGCAUGGUGAUCAUUGCUGAUCUGCAGCUUUAGUGGUGCGUCGCUGCCCAGGCCGGCACCAUGCAGCAGAAAGGUGCAAUCCAGAUUAUCGAAUGGGAGGACCUGGACAAGAGGAAGUUUUACUCCCUGGGUGUCUUCAUGACCUUGACCACCAGGGCCACUGUCUACCCAGCCAGCGUCAUCCGCACCCGCCUGCAAGUACAGAAGGGGAAGAGCCUCUACUCAGGAACCUUCGAUGCCUUCUGCAAGAUUCUCCGAACGGAGGGUGUGCGUGGCCUUUAUCGUGGCUUCAUGGUCAAUACGCUAACCCUGAUCGCGGGACAGGGUUACAUCACCACCUACGAGUUGGUGCGCAAGUAUGUGAACCAGUACUCGCCCAGCAACACAGUGAAGUCUGUGGUGGCAGGAGGGAUGGCGUCCCUGGUGGCUCAGACCAUCACUGUGCCGAUAGACAUAGUGUCACAGCAUCUGAUGAUGCAAGGACAAGGGGAGCACCUGACACGCUUCAAGGCCAAACCCAAAGUGGGUCUUGCAACCACGAAGCACAAACUGAGUUUCGGACAGAGCCGUGACAUUACGGUGCAGAUAUUUUCUGCCGAUGGCUUCAGAGGAUUUUACCGGGGCUACGUGGCAUCGCUGCUCACGUACAUCCCGAACAGUGCACUCUGGUGGCCUUUUUAUCAUUUUUAUGCAGAGCAGUUAUCCCUAUUAGCACCAAGUGAGUGCCCCCACCUGAUUCUGCAGGCUGUUGCAGGACCGAUGGCAGCAGUAACCGCCUCUACUAUCACCAACCCCAUGGAUGUUGUUCGUGCAAGAGUCCAGGUGGAGGGACGAACGUCUGUUAUUGGGACAUUCAAGCAGCUGCUGGUGGAGGAGGGGGCGUACGGGCUGACCAAGGGGCUGUCUGCCCGCGUCAUUUCCUCCACGCCCACGUCAGUGCUCAUUGUGGUCGGAUACGAGACUCUGAAGAGACUGAGCCUGCGAGCUGACCUGAUCGAGUCCAGACACUGGUGAUAACAGACGGGAGGGACGCAGGUCCGCCUCGCAGCAGCCAACAGCUCAGAGAUUUCAACAGGCGCCACAUGGAGCAGCGUCAUUUUAAAAGCGCACGUGUCGAUGUUUGUCUGUAGGUAUGCCAGGGAACUACAGCUUUUCUUAUCUUGUCUUUUUUUCUGUUUGCUGCUGUGGAAUCUAAAGUUAAGAGUGAAACCAAUAUUUCUGCCAAAACUAAACUCUCUUUUUCAAAAAGGAAAUCAUGGUUACUUUUAGAAAAUCCACUGAAACGUAAAAAUGCUACAUUCGAUUGCUCCUAUAUGGCCUGUUUGUUUUUUAUGAUUAUAUAUGCAGAAAAAUCAGGGUUUUUACUUGUUCCUUAGCUGGAGUAUGUUGGCUGAAUUCAUAUUUUAAAACUGAGCUGCUCAACAAAACAAAUAUAUUUCUGCAGGGGGAUUUCAGCGUGCCAAAGUCUGGAGACAAAUGGCCUAGUUUCUCUACUAAAAAGCGUAAGAGAGCUUGUAACCAGAGCGCAUUCCAGUGACAACAACAGUGUAAAGGAUCUCUCCGGAGUUUAAGCCUAAAUAACAUGCAAAUGUCAUUAGAUUAUACACAAGAGUGGAAAUUCAAGCUAGAAUUCCCAAACUAUAAUGUGCUCAGUGUUCUGUUACAGUUAUAUUUAUGUCUAGAGGUCCUUGUGAAACCUGGCCUAUUAUAAUUAUGUGCAGCUUACUUUUAACUCCUUUCAGUAAGCUGACAUUUAUGUGCCGGUGGUCUGUGGAGUCAGUCAUGCAGGUUUCAUUGUGAAUUUUAUGCGUGUUUAUGUUGAUUGGGCCAAUCAGGAAGGUGAAAAGAGUUUCUGCUUCUUUUGGUUUCUUGUAGGUUGACUCUAGGAAGCAAAAGUGAGUGUGAGGAGAGCUUUAGACCAACAUUAGACCAACAUGUCUAAGCAUUUCACUGCAUAUCGUACUGUGUAUGACUGUGUACGUGACAAAUAAAAUUAGAAUUUUGAAAUUUGAAUUUGACAUUAGAGAUGGAAAUCUGGUAGUUUCUUUGUGGUAAUCCUGUAUGUGAUUUAUACGGAACAAAUCUGCUACUGUUCAGUUACAGAAGGUGGUAUUUUGCUGUUGGGUAAAUGAGAGCAGUCAGUAAAGGCAUUGGCACCACAUCAGCAAACAAAAACUAAACUAUGUAAAUGCCUUCAGAGUUCACGGGUCAUUUAAUGAGUGUGAGGUAAGCUGUGAUGCUCCGGUUAAAGCUGCAAUGUUUUGAAUUGACUUAACUACUGCCCAAAAAACUCCACAUCUCAGCGACACCUGAUACUGUGUACCCUUAUCUUAUUUUUUCUUUAAAUAAACUCUUUCAGCAUUUGCAAACAUUGUUUUUCAGUGUAAAUAUGGUGUUCCUGUGAAUAAGUGGACUCAAUAUGUCCUUCAGUAUCACAAAAGCACAUAAAGUGGAUUUUUACCUGUAUGGAAGAUAUUUACCUUCUACCUGCCAAUUAUGAAUAGUAAAAAAAAACAAAAAAAAAACUGAGUACCUGUGGACAUGUGGUGAAAAGUAAUAAAGGACUUGGAUUCACCGGA